CGGUCACACUGGCGGCAACACUUUUUUCAUCUGUGUGCGUGUGCGUGCGCUUCCUAUAACAAUUUUUCGAAGGAUUUUACGUGUAUUUUGGUGUCGUUAAAAAUAAUUAAAAUUGGGAAAUUCAAUUAAAUAGUGUCGUGCAACAGUACGGGACAUCGUUUAACGCUAAAAGUUGUAUGUGCUCCGCGCGGGGAUUGGCGUAAACGUAAAAAAUGGCGAACGUAAGGGACAGCGACACAUCACUGUGGCUGCAUAAUAAACUGGGAACAUCCAACGAUUCGUGGAUAAACGGCUCAAUAUGCUCGCAAUUAAACAAGGAGGUUUUGCGCAACAUCAAGGAAUGCUUUCCCGAUUUGCAGACGCAGGUUAAACUGAAGUUGCUGCUCAGCUUCCUGCAUAUUCCGCGCCGUCUGGUGGAAGAGUGGAAGGCCGAGCUGGAGGAGGUGAUUGAGGUGGCCGGGCUCGACUCGGAGCUGUGGGUCUCCAUGCUGGCCGAGACGAUGAAGACGUUUCCGGCCACGAGCUCGCUGAACACAGAAAUCUCCGACUACGAGGACACUCGUCCCAUCUUCACAGACAUGGUCAAUGAUUUGCGAAAAUUGGUGAACAAGCAUUCCGACCUGGGAAUGCUGCCCCUGGAGUGUCAGUACCUCAAUAAGAAUGCGUUGAUCUCAGUGGUUGGACAGCAGCCGGCUCCCGUGAAGCAUUUUACACUGAAGCGCAAGCCGAAGAGCGUUCAGCUGCGGACAGAGUUGCUCCACAAGUCGGCGGACGCGCAGUCGUCGCUGAAGAAGGGUUCGGCUCCCACAAUUCCGCUGCGAUCGCGCGGCAUGCCCCGCAAGAUGACGGAUACCACGCCCCUCAAGGGCAUACCCUCCCGCAUGCCCACCACAGGCUUUCGCUCGGCCACUGUGCCGGCCAACGCGGCCCAGCGACCCAAUCUCAGCCGCACUCCCGCCGGUCGCAAGGAUGGCGGCAUCAAGCUAAUCGAGUUCACAGAACAGCCGCUGGGCUACGCGGCGGCCAAGAAGCGCAAGCGUGAGCAGCAGCUGGAGGAGCAGCAAAAGAACAAGGAGAAAAAGGAGCUGGCUGCCGCGGCGGCUGCAUCCGCUGCGGCAGCAACCGCAGCGGCGAACACUGGCGAUAGCUCGCCCAUAGACGGAGCGACGGCCAGCGGUGGGGAGACGCCUGUCACGCCCACAUCGGCCAACAACAGCUUCGAAAUCAAGACGGAGCCGCAGGGGCUCAACCAAAGCUCAGGCAGCCUGGAGGAGCCGCAGGACGAUGACUUCAAGGUGCCCGAACUGGCUGGCAAAACUGCAAUUGCGAUGGAGUGCGAUCCGGAGACACCAGAGUAUGCAACAACCACGCUGGACUUUGCACAGGCACCGGCCACUGUGGUGGCAGAACCACAGCUGGUCAAGACUCCAGCGGCCGAGGCUAGUAAGCAGAAAACGCCGCGAAAGAAGCUGAACAACCACAACAAUAACAACAACAACAGCUUCAACCAUACACCAAAACGGAUUAAACAGGAGAUCGAGAUCAAGAGCGAGGAAAUCAUAGUGCCCGCCACCAUUAAGCUGGAAAAGAUCGAGGCGUCUCCGUCGCAGAAGCAAAAGCGUGUCAUCAUACAGCAGCAAGAACCAGUAGCUGCAGCGCAGCGGACACCCCAUUUGCUUAUCCGCACAUCACCGCAGAAGCGACAGAACAACACGACGGCAACGGCAACUGCAACAACAACCGUGGGCAACACCACAAUCAAAAUGGAAAAACUGGACAUCAAACCCAUGCUGCGAACCACGGCAUCGCCAUCGACUAGCACAGCGACCACCACGACCACCAUACUCACCCCGCAGCAGCUGAGACAAGCGGCCAAUCCGCUGGCCAAUUUACCCAAUAAUAUUUCCGUAAAAAUUACAUCUACAAAGGCAAAAGCGGCCGCUGCGGCAGCGACGGGAGCGGCAUCGGCUACGGCAGCAAGCGGCAGUCAGGGUCAGGGUCAAGCGCAACAGAUACAGAUCCAGCAGGCGUCGCAACAACAUCAGCCCAUUCUGAUCAACAGCUCGACACCCGUCAUACUGGCCUCAUCGCCCAGUGCCCAGCGAGCGAAGUCAUUGGCUACGGCAAGCAGCAGCGGCACCACCACCACAACAAUACCGUCACAAGCCAUAAAAACGAUGCCGCUGAGCCAACUGAAGACAGCCACAAACAGUGGACCGGUGAUAAUAUCGCAGACGAUCAUUCAGCCAGCAAAGCGGGCUCAGCAGCAGGCUGGAACAUCGAGCGCAGCAGCGGCAGCAUCACAACAGCAGCAACAGCAGCAGCAGCAACAACAGAUGCAACAGAUUCAACAGCAGCACUUGGUCACAUCUCAACAGCCACAACAACAGCAGCAGCAGCAACAGACGCAGUAUAUACUGGCCACACCCCAGCAGCAUCAGCAGCAGACGCAGCAGCAACAGCAACAGCAACCGAUGCUGCCCACGCUGACAUCAUUUACACACGGGCGUCCCUUACCGCAAACGACAACGCUGUACCAGACCACGGCCGGCGGCAAUGGUCAGGCACCCACCAAGAUAUUGCUAAAGACCUCGGGAACGUCGGGAGUGGUGAUGACACCAGUGCGCCAGCAACAGCAGACAACAACUGUGGUCUCAUCGAACCCACCGCCAUUGGUGGCCACGUCCGCGGCUGUUGGCGCCGCCGCCGGGCAGUCAACGACACUGAACAUCCAGAAUGUUCAGCUGCCGAACAGACCGGUCACCAUUCAGCCAGCUUCACAGGCCGCACAGCAGCAGCACUUGCAGGCCCAGCUGCAACAGCAGCAGCCCCAUCCGCAGCACACAAUCGUGGCCAAUACGACGGCCACGCAGCAGCCAAAACUGUCGCAGGUACUGAUGCAGCCAACCAGCACCGUGGGACCUGGUGGAGUUUCGGCGCUGAAUGUGUCGCCGACGACGGGCAAAAACAAAACGAUCAUACUCACCCAAAAGGGUGUCAUUUUGCGGAACAUUGGCGGAGACAUGUACCAGCAGAUUCCCAUUAGCAAUGUGGGCGGUCUGCAGGGACUCGGCACCACGCUUAUGACAACCACGGCGGCAGGUCCGCCCAGCCUGGUCAAGACCACUCCGUCGACGGGAGUGCACAUGCAGCAGCAACAUUCGAGUCAGCCUGGAAAGCAGAUGCUACCCACGCUGAUUCCAACCAGUUCGCUUGGCGGCCAGCACGUUAUUGUGCAGCAACAGCAGCCAAGUAAUGUGAUUGGAAAUUCCCCGCAGCAGACCAUCAUUCGCCCGGUGAUGACGAACGUUGGUGGAGGUUUGACCACGCUGCCGCAGGGCCUGACGCUGAUACAGCGGCCAGGCCAGCAGCCGCAGCUGGUGCAGGUGCAGGCGGCGCCGAACAGUACGCAGCGAACGAUUAUUACUCAAUCGGCCGGUGCGGCAGUAACGGCACCGCAACAGCAGCCGCGCCAGCAGCAGCAGCAGCAAAUUCUGCUUCAACACAAGCCAGCUCCGACUCUGCAGCAGCGAUUGGUCACCUCCACGAACAGUGCCGGCCAACAGGGCACCCCAAAUACGGUUAUACCACGCACUGUGCAGGUGCAAGUGCAGGCGCAGCAGCAACAGCCGCAGCAGCAACAAGCAGCACAACAACAGCAGCAGCAGACGCAACAGGCACCACAACGGCGGGGACUUUCGCUUUCUAAUGAGCAUGUACAUAAGGCGCAUGAAAUGUUCCGCAAGGCAAAUCGUGUCUCGCGGCCCGACAAGGCCCUCAUUUUGGGUUUCAUGGCGGGUCUGCGUGAGAAUCCGCGACCCAAUAAUGAAAACGUUUUGGUCAUUAAAUUAGGCGAAUCAGAGGAAAAAGUACGGCAGGAUGACGGCAACACGACGCUGUGUCUUGUGGAAUCGCACAUUAGGCUUGACUACAACACCGGCGAGUGGAAGACAUUCCAGAAUUAUCGGAUGCAGGAUCAGACUGCCGCCUCAUAGUCCACAAGGGUUAUACGCAUAGUGCGCAGCACUAAGUAAAAAAAGGCAGCCAAACCAGCUGAAGCUGAUGCUGGAAAAUAUGCGUAUAUGGAUUUUGGUUUGUCAUCCGUUCUGCACCGUCAGCGGCAAAAAGAUCGGCGUCGUUGCCCCCCAAUUAGGUUACUAAUCAUCCGCUCCCUUCCCAUUCUCCCCCAGCACGAUAUCCUCCUCCCCCAAAGCCCCAGCCCCAGCACAGAGCCCACAAUCCCAUACCCCAAGAAAUGCUGGAAAUAAUGAAAACUAUAAAGUAAUAAUUAAGGUAAAUUAGCUGUACAGUUGUUUAGUAUGUAGUAAAGACUAGCGCUUAAAUCAUGUAGUAAACAUGCCCGCCCACUUCACCCCUUUACACAAAUACCCAAGUUCUUAUUAGGCAAAACCCGCUUCCCAAAGCCCCGAACAUCCGACAUGCAUGCAUUCAUUGUACUCUGGCUGAACGCUUCACUGGAGAGCAGUUGAAGACGGCGGCCAGGCCAAUAGUGAAGCUUCGUUUGGACAGAACGUACGCCCGCCCAUUCGCAUUCACAUUUACACUCACCCGUAUACACAAGAAACAAAACAAAAACGUAAACUUUAAAUCUGCAUAUAUUUAGACGUGUAUCUAGCAUUAUGUAAUUAUUGUCAAAGAAAUUGUAUAAUUAACCUAGCAGCAACAUAAAAUUUAGAGCCUCAGAAGAGCUCCGAUAUUCAUUAAAAAAAAACUUCAAUGAAAAUAUAUAUAAUAGUUAUAGAAGAUAUAUUGUAUACUAGCAAGUAUAUACGAGUGUACAUGCAUGUAUGUAUGUAUGAGCCACAACAAGAUUAACCACAGAUAAAUUACUGAAAUCUUGAAAUGCGUAAUAGGCAAAAAUAAACCUAGCAGAUGUAUUUAUGGCUUUAAUG